GUUUGUCUGAAGGACUGCAGAGCUAAAGGCUCGGCAAGUCUCUCUGUUUCUCUCCGAAGAAAAAUUAAUCUGGUUAUAAAGUCAUCUGGUUUCAUCCUCAACAACACAGCGGAGUCUUUGUGGAGCACUGUGUGUAGAAAUGGCUGCUGCCAGCUGUCUGCUGACUGAAGAUCAGUUUCUGUGCUCCAUCUGUCUGGAUGUGUUCACUGAUCCAGUCACCUUACCAUGUGGACACAACUUCUGUAACAAAUGCAUCUCUGAACACUGGGAUGUUAAUGUCCCGUGCCAGUGUCCCAGCUGUAAAGAGGUUUUCAACAUAAGACCUGAACUGAGGGUCAAUAGAUUCAUCUCUGAGAUGGCUGCUCAGUUCAGACUGUCAGUUGAACAGGAAGCCAGCAGCAGCUGCUCAGAGCAACAAGAUGCCAAACCAGGAGAAGUUCCCUGUGACGUCUGCACUGGAACCAAACUGAAGGCCCUGAAGUCCUGCCUGGUGUGUCUGACCUCGUACUGUGAGACUCACCUGGAGCCUCAUCUGGCAACACCAGGCCUGGAAAGACAUCAGCUGAUCGACCCUGUGGAGAACCUGGAAGGCAGGAUGUGUGCGAAGCACAAUAAACUGCUGGAGCUGUUCUGCAAGACUGAUCAGACAUGUAUCUGCAUACUCUGCUCUGUUUCAGACCACAAGACACAUGAGUUUGUUCCUGUGACAGAAGAAUUUGAAGGAAAGAAGGCAGAGCUGAAGACGACAGAGGAUGAAAUUGAGCACAUGAUCCAAAAGAGACAGCAGAAGAUUCAGGAGAUCAAACAGUCAGUGGAGCUCAGUAAGAAAAAUGCAGACAGAGAAAUAGCAGCAGGUGUUCAGGUCUUCACUGCUCUGAAGGAGUCUGUCGAGAGAAGCCAGGAUGAACUGAUCAAGACGAUCAAAGGGAAGCAGAGAACAACAGAGGAACAGGCUGAAGGCUUCAUCAAAGAGCUGGAGGAGGAAAUCACUGAGCUGAAGAAGAGAAGCUCUGAGGUGGAGCAGCUCUCACACUCUGAAGACCACCUCCACCUCCUCCAAAGCUUCUCAUCCCUGAACUCUGCUCCACCCACCAAGGACUGGACAGAAGUCAGCGUCCGUCCUCCAUCAUAUGAGGGGACUGUGGCGACAGCUGUGAAUCAGCUGGAAAAGAAGCUCAGUGGACAGAUGAAGACACUGUUUGUGGCCGAGCUGAAGAGGGUCCAACAGUACACAGUGGAUGUGAAACUGGAUCCCGAUGUGGUACACUCCAAACCCACCCAGUCUAAUGAGAAAGAAAAGGUAAAUGACGAGUGUCGAUGUGUCUUAUCAAAGCAGGGUUUCACUUCUGGAAGAUUUUACUUUGAGGUUCGGGUUAGAUGGAGAUCUACGUGGACUGUAGGAGUAGCCAGACAGUCCAACAUCAACAAACUAACCACACUGAGCCCCAAGACUGGUUACUGGACUGUUUGUUCAAAGUGGCUGGGUGGGUACUUUGCCUGUGCUGAUCCAUCAGUCUGUCUCUCUCUGAAGGCGAAGCCUGAGAAGGUGGGUGUGUUUGUGGAUUAUGAAGAGGGUUUGGUCAACUUCUAUGAUGCUGAUGCUGCUGCUCUUAUCUACUCCUUCACCGGCUGCUCCUUCACUGACACAAUCUACCCAUUCUUCAGUCCCUGUGAAAAUGACGGUGUUAAAAUACACACAAAUGAUAAGGUUUGUGUAUUACAGUGAGCAGAAACAUUAGAUUUGUAUGAACAAAAAUGUUCAGCAUCCUAUAGUGUAACAUUAUACAGUAUGUCCUUCCUUGCUUGCUUUUCUUCAUAUCAUAUUCUCCUGUAAUGUGUCUGCUUCUUUCUGUUACAAACAAUCUGUGGUAACUGAUUCUAUCUAACGUACUCUAAUUGUUUCUGUAAAGUACAGUCACUGCUUUCAGACUACAUGACUACAGACUACAUGACAGAACCAAUCUCACACCAGACCAGAUCUGCCAGUUACUGGAUUUGUGCCUCAACACCACAUAUUUCCAGUUUAACAGCAAAUUUUACAGACAAAAACACGGCUGUGCUAUGGGCUCACCAGUGUCCCCCAUUGUGGCUAAUCUAUACUUGGAAAUGGUAGAACAAAAGGCCCUUAACUCAUUCAAAGGUACACCUCCAAGUCACUGGUUUAGGUAUAUGGAUGACACAUGGGUAAAGAUCAAAACCCAAGACUUACAAGCUUUCACUGAACACAUCAACUCUGUGGACAAAAACAUCAAAUUCACAAGAGAAGAUGUCAAAGAUAACCACCUACCAUUCCUGGAUUAUGACGUUCACCUUGCUGAGGACAGGAGCCUCCACAUUGGGGUAUACAGGAAACCCACACACACCGAUCAAUACCUACUUUUUGACUCACAUCAUCCACUGGAGCACAAACUGGGAGUUAUCAGAACCUUGCAACACAGGGCUGACAACAUACCAACCUCCACUUGGGCCCAAGCAGAAGAACAUAAGCAUAUAAAGGGAGCUCUGAAAACUUGUGGCUAUCCGAGCUGGUCUUUUGGCAAAACAACACGCUCCAGAAAGAAUACCAACAGGGAGGAUGCUGAGAAUAUGGAAGAUAAACGCAAAAACAUUGUCAUUCCAUACGUGUCUGGGGUCUCAGAGAAACUCAGGAGGAUUUUUAACAAACAUCAAAUUCCUGUAUGUUUCAAACCCAGCAACACUCAGACAGAAACUGGUACACCCCAAAGACAAGAUACCACACAAUCAUAAAAGCAACCUAAUAUAUGCGGUCAAAUGCAGUGAGGAAUGCAAGGGCCUAUAUAUUGGGGAAACUAAACAACCUUUGAACAAACGCAUGGCCCAACACAGAAGGGCUAACUCCUCGGGUCCAGUCUCAGCUGUCUACUCACAUCUAAAGGAAAAAGCACACUCCUUUGAAGACAGCAAUGUCAAAAUCCUGGACAGGGAGGACAGAUGGUUUGAGAGAGGAGUCAAAGAAGCCAUUUAUGUGAAAGUGGAAAAACCAUCACUAAACAGAGGAGGGGGUCUGCGACACCACCUAUCCCCCAUUUACAAUGUAGCCCUUUCAUGUGUACCCAGGAGAGUAAACAACUUAACCUCAGACGACUCUCAACGAGAGUCCACCAGGGACUCACCUGACCCUAACGACUGUCGUUCACAUGAGACACAAACUAGGUCACAUGAGCCUGACGACUGUCGUUCACUGGGGACCACAACAAUGGUCAGGUGAAACCAGUACUUUCACAGGUACUUUGGUGGUCCCACCCA